CACUGCCGACCGGAACACCCAGCUGUUUCUCCAUUCAACUCCAUCAUGUCAACCACCACAUUGGAUUUGAGCAAGGUGCCGGCGUCAGAUCCGCCCCCCGGCGUCACAGCCAAUUUUGAGAACCCGGAGAAUCAAAACUACCAGAUCUAUUCUAUCAACAUCGCCCUUUGCUUGACAGGAACGGUGGUCCUGUUGUUGCGCCUGUAUACUCGGAUGUUCCUGCAGAAGACGAUCGCAAUCGACGACUGGUUCUGCAUCUGGGCUCAGAUCUGCGCGUGGAUUUUCGCGAUUCUCGGGAUCGUCAAUAUCGACAACGGGUAUGGCCUUCAUAUCUGGGACCUGCACCUCGACAAGAUCAAGCCGUUCAAGCAGAAUGAUCUGGCCGGCGAGGACGUCUUCGUCGUCGGCAUCUGGCUGGUCAAGACCUCGAUUCUGCUGUUCUUCCUGCGCCUCAGCCCGGAGAAGCGCUUCCGGCAGAUGACCUACGGGAUCAUGAUCUUCGUCGCCGUCUACAACAUGAUCAGUCUGCUCGUCUUCACGCUCGGCUGCAUCCCCGUCCAGGCCAUGUGGGACGUGACGCUGAUGCCGACCGCGCGGUGUGUCGACCAGCUGGCCUUCGUGUAUGCCAAUGCGGCCUUCAACCUGUUCUCGGACAUCAUCACGCUGGCGCUGCCCAUCCGGCUCUGCUGGUCGCUGCAGACCACCCUCAAGCAGAAGGUGCUGCUGAUGAUGGUGUUGAUGAUGGGUUCGUUCGCCUGCGUGAUCGCGAUCGUGCGAAUCGUCACCAUGAUGCCCUUCAUCCACGACGGCGACUUGACCUGGUACAAGGUGACCCUGGCGAAAUGGGCCAUGGUGGAAAUCAACGUGGGCAUCAUCUGCGCGUGCCUCCCCGUGCUCCGGCCGCUGCUGCUGCAACUGGCCCCGCACAUCUUCGGCGGCAGCAAGGUCUCCAGCGCGGGCAAGCCCCGAGGCCACGGCAGCGACGGCAGCGACGAGGCGGUCGGGGCGCGCAAGAAGGUCAUCCGCAACUGGGACUACCUGUCCACCCUGCGCAGCACCGCGGUGCCGGAGACGCAGGACGACGUCGAGGCGAUGCACGAGAUGGUCAAGCACGACGCCGCCCGCGAGCAUGAAUCCGGGAUCCACAUGUCGACGGAUUAUUCGGUCACGAGCAAGCGGGACUGA